AACCGCCGGGCCCUCGACGCCGCUUCUCCGGCCCCCGGGGCCGCGCUGUUUUGUUUCACCCUCGCGUUGUGCAGAAGUGAAGUGAAGUAAAAUGUCCACUAGGACCCCGCUGCCGACGGUGAAUGAACGGGACACUGAGAACCACACGUCACAUGGAGACGGGCGGCAAGAAGUUACCUCUCGCACUGGGCGCUCUGGAGCACGGUGUAGAAACUCUGUAGCUUCCUGUGCAGAUGAACAACCUCACAUCGGAAACUACAGACUGUUGAAAACAAUCGGCAAGGGGAAUUUUGCAAAAGUGAAAUUGGCAAGACACAUCCUUACAGGCAGAGAGGUCGCAAUAAAAAUAAUUGACAAAACUCAGUUGAAUCCAACAAGUCUACAAAAGCUCUUCAGAGAAGUAAGAAUAAUGAAGAUUUUAAAUCAUCCAAACAUAGUGAAGUUAUUCGAAGUCAUUGAAACUGACAAAACACUCUACCUAAUCAUGGAGUAUGCCAGUGGAGGUGAAGUGUUUGACUAUUUGGUUGCACAUGGAAGAAUGAAGGAAAAAGAAGCAAGAGCUAAAUUUAGACAGAUAGUGUCUGCAGUCCAGUACUGCCACCAAAAGCGGAUCGUUCACAGAGACCUCAAGGCUGAAAAUCUAUUGUUAGAUGCCGAUAUGAACAUUAAACUAGCUGACUUUGGUUUUAGCAAUGAAUUUACUGUUGGCAGUAAACUGGACACGUUUUGUGGCAGUCCUCCGUACGCAGCCCCCGAGCUCUUCCAGGGCAAGAGAUACGACGGGCCGGAAGUGGACGUGUGGAGCCUUGGCGUCAUUCUUUACACUUUAGUCAGCGGGUCACUCCCCUUUGACGGACAGAACCUAAAGGAACUGAGAGAGAGAGUAUUAAGAGGGAAAUACAGAAUCCCUUUCUACAUGUCCACAGACUGUGAAAACCUUCUCAAACGUUUCCUGGUGCUAAAUCCAAUAAAACGAGGCACUCUAGAGCAAAUCAUGAAGGACAGGUGGAUCAAUGCAGGGCAUGAGGAAGAUGAACUAAAACCGUUUGUUGAACCAGAACUGGACAUCUCAGACCAGAAAAGGAUAGAUAUUAUGGUGGGAAUGGGAUAUUCACAAGACGAAAUUCAAGAAUCUCUUAGUAAGAUGAAAUAUGAUGAAAUCACAGCAACAUACUUGUUGUUGGGGAGAAAAUCUUCAGAGCUGGAUGCUAGUGAUUCCAGUUCUAGCAGCAAUCUUUCACUUGCUAAGGUUAGGCCAAGCAGCGACCUCAACAACAGUACUGGCCAGUCUCCUCACCACAAAGUACAGAGAAGUGUUUCUUCAAGCCAGAAGCAGAGGCGGUACAGUGACCAUGCUGGACCAGCUAUUCCUUCAGUUGUGGCGUAUCCGAAAAGGAGUCAGACCAGCACUGCAGAUGGCGACCUCAGAGAAGAUGGAGUUCCGUCCCGGAAACCAGGCGGCAGUGCUGCUGGAGGAAAGGGAGUUGCUCCAGCCAGCCCCAUGCUUGGCAGCGCGAGUAAUCCCAACAAGGCGGAUAUUCCUGAACGCAAGAAGAGCUCCACCGUCCCCGGUAGUAAUACAGCAUCUGGUGGAAUGACGCGGCGGAAUACUUAUGUUUGCAGUGAAAGAACUACAGCUGAUAGACAUUCAGUAAUUCAGAAUGGCAAAGAAAACAGCCUGAUGGAAAUGUUCGCUUACGCAGCUAGCCCUGCCUCUGUUUGUAAGACAUCUUCCACCUGUCGGCUGCGACAUCACAAGUCGAUGUCCAUGUCAGGCUCUGGGCGCCCCAAGAUGAUGUUACCUCCAAUAGACAGUGAAGGAGAUAACUUCAAGGCUAUCACUAUUCCUGACCAGAGAGCUCCAGUUGCUUCAACACACAGUAUUAGCAGCACCACCACCCCAGAUCGAACCCGCUUCCCAAGAGGCACUGCCAGUCGUAGCACUUUCCACGGCCAGCCCCGGGAGCGGCGCACUGCCACGUAUAACGGCCCGCCUGCUUCACCCAGCCUGUCCCAUGAAGCCACGCCAUUGUCGCAGACUCGAAGCCGAGGCUCCACUAAUCUUUUUAGUAAAUUAACUUCCAAACUCACAAGGAGAAACAUGUCAUUCAGGUUUAUCAAAAGGCUUCCAACUGAAUAUGAGAGGAACGGGAGAUAUGAGGGCUCAAGUCGCAACGUAUCUGCUGAGCAAAAGGAGGAAAACAAAGAAGCAAAACCUCGUUCCCUGCGCUUUACCUGGAGCAUGAAAACCACUAGUUCCAUGGAUCCCAAUGACAUGAUGCGGGAAAUCCGCAAAGUGCUGGACGCCAAUAACUGUGACUACGAGCAGAGAGAGCGCUUCUUGCUCUUCUGUGUCCACGGCGACGGGCACGCGGAGAGUCUCGUGCAGUGGGAGAUGGAAGUGUGCAAGCUGCCAAGACUGUCUCUGAACGGGGUCCGGUUUAAGCGGAUAUCAGGGACGUCCAUAGCUUUCAAAAAUAUCGCUUCCAAAAUUGCCAAUGAGCUAAAGCUGUAACCCAGUAAUUAUGGUGUAAAUUAAGUAGCAAUUUAAAGUGUUUUCCUGAACACUGAUGGAAAUGUAUAGAAUAAUAUUUAGGCAAUAACGUCUGCAUCUUCUAAAUCAUGAUAUUAAAAUAUAAGGACGAGAGCACGCCUGGGAGCGAAAGCUGGCCUUUUUUCUACGAAUGCACUACAUUAAAGACGUGUGACACGUG